CCCCGCCCUCCCGGGUGCCCUUGGCGCGCCCCGCCGUCUCCCCUUAGUUUACUUAGAGCCCCGCGUGCCCCGCGGCGUCCCGGUCCCCGAGGUCCUCCGGUUCUCGAGGCCGGUCAGGCAUGGCCCGCGCGGCAGGGCCUGAGCGACGGCUCCUGGCCGUCUACACUGGCGGUACCCUCGGCAUGCGGAGCGAGCGCGGCGUGCUUGUCCCCGGGGCAGGCCUGGCCACCGUCCUGAGGGCGCUGCCCAUGUUUCACGAUGAGGAGUAUGCCCGGACCCGUGGCCUCCCUGAGGACACUCUAGUGCUGCCAGCAUGGGUGGGCAGUGAGGGCCACUUGCACUUUCCCAGCGAGGCAGUGGCCAGGACAGCUGCUCCAGUCCGCUUGCCCGCCAGCCCUGACCAGAGGGUCAUCUACACAGUGCUGGAGUGCCAGCCCCUUUUUGACUCCAGUGACAUGACCAUCGUCGAGUGGGUUCAGAUUGCCCAGACUAUCGAGAGACACUAUGAGCAGUAUGAUGGCUUUGUGGUCAUCCACGGCACGGACACCAUGGCCUUCGCCGCCUCCGUGCUCUCCUUCGUGUUGGAAAACCUGCAGAAAGCCGUCAUCCUAACUGGUGCCCAGGUGCCCAUCCACGCCCUGUGGAACGAUGGCCGCGAGAACCUGCUGGGGGCCCUGCUCAUGGCUGCCCAGUACCUGAUUCCUGAGGUCUGCCUGUUCUUCCAGAAUCAGCUGUUCCGGGGCAACCGAGUGACCAAGGUGGACGCGCGCAGGUUCGCGGCCUUCUGCUCCCCCAACCUGCCCCCUCUGGCCGUCGUGGGCACUGAUGUGAUGAUCAACCAGGAGCUGGUGCGGAGGGUCCGACGGAAGGACCAGCUGCUGGUGCACGGCAGCAUGGAGCAAGACGUGGGGCUGCUGCGCCUCUACCCCGGGAUCCCUGCCUCCUUGGUCCGGGCCUUCCUGCAGCCCCCACUGAAGGGCGUGGUCAUGGAGACCUUCGGCUCCGGGAACGGGCCCACCAAGCCGGAGCUGCUGCAGGAGCUGCAGGCGGCAGCCCAGCGAGGCCUCGUCAUCAUCAACUGCACCCACUGCCUGCAGGGCACCGUGACCUCGGACUAUGCAGCCAGCAGGGCCAUGGUGGGAGCUGGCAUCGUCUCCGGCUUUGACAUGACCUCAGAGGCUGCCCUGGCCAAGCUGUCCUAUGUGUUAGGCCAGCCGGAACUGAGCCUGGACAGCAGGAAGGAGCUGCUGGCCAGGGACCUCCGGGGAGAGAUGACACUGCCCACAGUGGACGUGUGCCAGCCCUCGCUGCAGCACAGCCUGCUGGGCCGUGGGGUCACCCAGCUCCUCAGUCUGAGCCAGGAGGCUCAUGCUGUGCGGGAUGCCCUGAUGCCCAGCCUGGCCUGUGCCGUGGCCCGUGCCGGUGAACUGGAGGCCCUGCAGGUUCUUGCAGAACUGGGCAGUGAUCUGAGCCAGGAGGACUUCAACGGUCAAACUCCACUGCACACAGCUGCCCGGGGGGGCCACCCUGGGGUGGUCACCAUGCUGCUGCGGAGAGGAGUGGACGUGAAUGCCCAGGACAAGGACGGCUUCAGCCCGCUGCUGCUGGCUGUGCGGGGCAGGCAUCAGCGUGUCAUUGGGCUGCUGCGGGCAGCGGGGGCCUGCCUGUCCCCCCAGGAGCUGGAGGACACGGGGACGGAGCUGUGCAGGCUGGCAUCCAGAGUGGACCUUGAAGGCCUUCGGGCGUGGUGGCAGGCAGGGGCUGACCUGGGACAGCCGGGCUAUGACGGUCGCAACGCCCUGCUCGUUGCAGAGGCUGCUGGGAACCUGGAAGUGGUGAGCCUACUGCAGAGCCUCCAGCGUGGGCUUGGUGCUCAGGCCCCAGGCCCAGAUGUGCUGCCUGGUGUCUGACCUGAAGCCACCCUGCUGCUGUGGGAGCCAUUCCCUCCCGUGGGACUGAAGGCACCCCACCCCCAGGCACUGCGAUGUGUCCCCUGCUGCUUCCAAGACAGCCUGAAGGUCUUUGUCAGGCAGAGUGGCAAUAAAAUCUCCCUGGGGACAUCUCCCAGUCCCCAAAGCCUGGCUCCAGGGGGUCUGUAUGG